AUAUGAAUGAGCACAGUUCUCGGAGCCAUUCAAUUUUUAUAAUGAAUAUUCAUCAAACAAAUCAGGAAACUGGUCAACAACUCACUGGAAAAUUAUACCUGGUAGACUUAGCAGGCAGCGAGAAAGUGUCGAAAACAGGAGCUGAAGGAUCGACAUUAGAUGAGGCAAAAAUGAUCAAUAAAUCCCUUUCAACUCUUGGAAAUGUGAUCAAUGCUCUCGUUGAAGGAAGUGUAAGCACAAAGGCAAUUUUUAUGUAUAUAUAUACAAACGUGUAA